CUCCUCCUGUCCUCCAGUCCUCUCUCUCUUCCUCGUUGGCUCUGCCUUUAAAGAUCGCCACCAAACUCCCCAUGGGCUGGUGCUCCCCAUCCACUCCCGGGCAGCUGCUAUCAACCGUCGCCCUCUUUGCCUUCGGCGCGGGGCUCCUCACCUACGGCGCUCACCUCUCCUACGUCCACAUCGAGCCCCAGCGCGCGCGCACCCUCGCCCGCGAUCAGUUCGUCCGCGACUACCUACGCAGGAAGCACGACAAGUAGCACGCGCCCCCCACGGCAUCUCCUCUCCUAGUCCGCUCGAUUCCUCGCCCUUCCUGCUCGGCGGCGAUGGCUUUGCCCCCCGCGAGCGUCGAGCCGGUGAUCGCAGAGGUGGAGAUGAACGCCGGCGCCGAUCAGGGUGCCACCACCGUGCGGGCAACUGUUGUGCAGGCCUCCAGCGUGUUCUACGACACCCCUGCAACGCUCGAUAAAGCAGAGAAAUUGAUAGCGGAGGCAGCUGGGUAUGGUUCACAGUUGGUUCUUUUUCCAGAGGUCUUUGUUGGUGGCUACCCUCAUGGGUCUACCUUUGGACUGACUAUUGGCAGUCGAUCUGCCAAGGGAAAAGAAGACUUUCGGAAGUAUCAUGCUGCUGCCAUAGAUGUGCCUGGCCCAGAGGUUAGCCGCUUAGCUGCAUUGGCUGGAAAAUACAAGGUCUUCUUGGUGAUAGGGGUUGUUGAAAGGGCAGGCUACACACUGUACAAUACAGUGCUCUCCUUUGAUUCUCUGGGAAAGUAUCUAGGAAAGCACCGCAAGCUCAUGCCUACCGCACUGGAACGGGUAUUCUGGGGGUUUGGAGAUGGAUCUACCAUACCUGUUUAUGAUACUCCACUUGGAAAGAUUGGUGCCGUCAUCUGCUGGGAGAACAGAAUGCCACUUAUCAGGGCAGCGAUGUAUGCCAAAGGUGUUGAAAUAUACUGUGCUCCCACUGCUGAUGCGCUGCCAAGUUGGCAAUCUUCCAUGACACAUAUUGCGCUUGAAGGGGGAUGCUUUGUUCUGACAGCAAACCAGUUCUGCCUCAGAAAAGACUUUCCUCCCCCACCUGAGUACACCUUUGGUGGCCAUGAGGAGGAGCCAUCCCCAGAAACCGCUGUUUGUCCUGGAGGGAGCUCCAUCAUUUCGCCAUCUGGGACAGUGCUGGCAGGUCCCAACUAUGAAGGCGAGGCCCUCCUCACAGCUGACCUGGACCUUGGAGAAAUUGUUCGAGCCAAGUUUGAUUUCGACGUCGUGGGACACUACGCCCGACCUGAGGUGCUGAGCUUGACCGUGAAGACUGAACCGAAACAUGCCGUGUCUUUCACUUCUACUGUCGGAUAAGAUUCGAGGCGCAAAGAUGAUUUUAUUUUCAAGACCUGAUGUCCAGUAAUCCUCAAUAGUCAUGUAUAACAAAGUUGUCAUCCAGUGUACAUUACAGCAAUAAUUGUGUCUUUAUAUUUUUGUAAAGAUUCGGAGAAGAUGCUUGUUAGCAUAAACAAUUAAGUCAUGCACAUGUCCUAUUUUA